AUGGCGCCAAAGAACCGUAUCAUCAUCGAUACCGAUCCAGGAGUUGAUGAUGUCCUUGCCAUGCUCCUUGCUCUCAGUGCUUCGCCUGAUGAGUUGGAGAUCGCCUUGAUAUCAGUGACAUAUGGCAACGUCGAACUCCAAAGCUGCUUGCGCAAUGUAGUGGCUAUCUUCCACGUACUCGGGAAAGAGAUGAAGUGGCGGGAGUCCGUAGGCAAGACAGGCGGCUAUGGGACCUUACAGGCCUUCAAGCCUAUUGUCGCUAUUGGCGCCGAGCAUCCCCUGGAGGAUACUCUCCUGAUGGCGGACCACUUCCAUGGCGCGGACGGCCUCCACGGUGUUCAUGACGCUCACCCGCACUUAACUCCUGCAGAUACAUGGCGGUCGCUCUUUCUAGACAGUACGAGCGGUCCAGCUCAGACCUCUGAGCCGCCAGCGUAUUCUUCUUACUUUACUCCGUCAAGGACUGUUGCCCACAAGGAGAUACUUCGUAUUCUGAAGGAAGAGCCCGAGGACACGAUAACCAUCGUUGCCAUUGGGCCCCUGACCAACCUUGCUCUUGCCGCGGCUGAGGAUCCCGAGACUUUCCUUCGGGUAAAGGAAGUGGUAGUCAUGGGUGGGGCUAUAGAGGUGAAUGGCAAUAUCACGCCCGGCGCCGAGUUCAACUGUUAUGCCGACUCCGUGGCGGCGGCCAGGGUCUUUGCCCUGACGUCCCCGACGCCAGCGUCGACGAUGCCACCCGCUCCAAACAACGUGGCCGGCCUUCCCCCAUAUCCGGCAGUCCUUCCCCGGCAGUUGAAACUGACACUAUUCCCCCUCGACAUCACAACACCCCAUGAGAUCCGAAGAGUCUCUUUCACUGAGCAGAUCGAGAAGUUCAAAUCAGCCGGUAGCCCCCUGGCUGAGUGGACCGAGACAUUCAUCUUGAGAACCUUCGACAAGAUCGACUCCAUCCUUGGCGAUGGGAGUGAAGCGGCCCUCUCACUGCACGAUCCUCUCUGCAUCUGGUACCUGUUAACGCGGGAUCAGCCGGGCUGGAAGCCGGUCCCAAAACUCGAGGACAUCAGAGUUGAGACUGUCGGGCAAUGGACCCGGGGAGUGCACGUCGUAGACCGCCGCAUCCGGGCAAAGCCUGGCGAGAGGCAGAAUCCGGCCGUCAAGACCCACCCUGAUGAUCCCAUGGAGGCACUGACCUUCGACGAGGUCCCAGGCGACACGUUGGGUUGGCUUAGUACCAGGAAGGGGAAUAGGAUCAACAGGAUCGUCGAGUCUCCGGGAACAGAGCUCUUCGCUACCGAGUUGAUGAGAAGGUUGUUUGAAUAA